AUGGGCGCACCGCAGCUCAUUCGGGGCGAGCAUCAGUGCCGCAGGCAACGCGGAGCAGCGCAGUCAGGUGGCCGCUUGAUGUUGCUGAGCGCGACGCUGCACCGCGGCUGGUACACCGCCGGUGACGUUGUGCGGGCGGAAGUGCGUCUUCAUGGCCUGCCGAUACCGCCGGACGGGGAGACUAGUGCGCUGGCCACGCGGUUCGGCCGGGGAGACAAUUACUUUGUCGGGGUGGACGCUGACGCGCCGCCAAUGGUUCGGGUGCAGGUGCUCUCGGCACAGAUAGUUGGCAUUUGUGUUGUAGACUCUAGGCGUAUUCGCUACAGGGUUGGGGUGGAGAAGUCGAUAUCUAAACUGUGCCCAGGCGUAGCUAACGAUAUGUUCCCCAAGGACCAUGACGUCUAUACACUUUUCUGCUCCGAUGAAUUCACACUUGCGAAGGACUUACUCUUGCGUGAACGAGAGUGCAAAGCGGCCGUGGUGACAUUUACUCUACCGGAAUACUUACCACCUUCCUUUCGUGGACAGUGUGUGCGCUUCUACUAUGGCCUCCAUAUGCAAGGCACGUGGUGCGGUCCACGCGAACCGUGCGCGCCGGUGAAGCUGCGCCUCCCCAUUAAAGUUCUUUCGUCGCCAUCUGUCAUUGUCCCGCUGCUAAUUCCCACACGCUUCCCACUGGAGUGCUUUGAUUUUAAAGAGAAAGUCCUGUUGCUCCAGCCUGUGCCGUCGCCAGCUGUGACAGACCCGCUCCAGGACUCGGUAUCGCCAUUGAAGGUGGAGACAUUUGAUGUGCGUCACAUCCGCAGUAGGGUGGCACACUCUCUGGCGAAACGCCUCGCGGAGCAGCGAACACCUCUGGAAUUUCCACUGAAACUCGCAGGGGAGUCUGCCCUGACGGUGGCUGUGGUGUCAACAACCGUAAUGAUCGGCGACUCACUGAAUGGCGUAUUUCUUCUUCGGAAAAACACCAAUGCGGUGCCAGUGAAGGUUUUGGGAACCCUUGAGUUCCUCGAGUGCUGUCGUGCAGAUCUUCUGAAUAGUGGUAUCACGUGCCACCCGCUGCCGGGAGGAGAAAAGGGAUUAGUUGUUGCGCAGACUAGUGUGAUUGAGGAGUUGGAAUGGGUUCUACUUGACCGCACAUCGGUGCUUUUUUCCGUCUCCUUCACAAACCCAAACCUUUACGCAUCGAUGCAAACAGAUGUAGUGACAACCUGCUGGCAGCUACGACUGCGUUUUUUCUGGUGCAAGUCUUCUACACGGAAACAAUGUUCUGCGAGCCAUCGUGAGGAACUGAAGAUAGAGGAAGAAGAGUCGGAGUUGGUGGUGCCACUGAUUAUUGUGCCACCACCCCACCCGGAGCAUCCUCACAUGGGUGCCACACUCCAGGUUUUCUGCUGA